AAAGAUUUCGAUCAUGACUGGAAAAUUGUAAAAGAUUUAUACAAAAAUAGUACCUUUAAAUAUAUACAUGAUAAAGAAGCGUAUAAUGAUUUUAAAUUAGUGACAAGAGGAAAUUUUAGCAAUAAAGAAGUAACUAAAUAUGAUAUUUUAGGUAUCAGUACAUUGGAUUACCCAUGCGCUCCAAUAAUGGCAAAUCCUAAUUAUAGGAAAUGGUUUAAAAAAAAAAUACCUGAUUAUGGGAUUUUUACUGCUAUUAGCUUAAAAUUAUUAAGAGUACACCCAGAUAUUAGAAAUCAUGUAGAAAAUUUUGCAAGCAAUAAUUUUGGUGAUUAUAACAUAGGAAUACAUAUAAGAGAGAAAAAGCCACCUGCUGGUAUGAUACUACCUGUAGAACAUUAUUAUCACACAGUAAAAAUGUUAAUGUUAGGAAUUGAAAAAAAGGAUAUAUCCAUUUUCGUAGCUGCAGAUACUAAUGAUGGCCGCAAUAAAUUAGUAAAUUUACUUCGUGAAGAGUUUAAAUCUCGUAAUAAUUCUAUUAAGAUAGUUCAAUCGGAAGAUAAUAUGAAUAUGGCUAAUACUGUUAGUUUGAAUAUGGGUUCAGAAGUAGGCGCUCUUAUUGAUAUGAAGUUACUUAGUUUAUGUGAUGAUCUGGUGCUUUCAUAUUCAUCAUCAUUUGGUUUCACUGCUGCUGGAUGGUCGCAUAAAGCAUCACGUCAAAGAGGUCCAUUCGUCGUAAUGCCGAUAAAAGAUUCGCAAGAUGAUUUAACAGAAGUAGAUAAAGUUUGGGUGUGGGGUGCUACGUCAAGUGAACCGUGUAUGUACAUGAGCAAGUCGUUAAUUAAUAAUGAAGAUGAAAAAACUGUUCAAGUUUUUAAAAAACGUAUAUAUUAUCACGAUGGUGAAUGGUCGGGAAUGCAGAUACGAUUUAAGUAA